CACCAGCAGACGUUUUUGAAUCAAUUGAGAGAAAUUACUGGGAUUAAUGACACCCAGAUACUACAGCAAGCUUUGAAGUAAUGGAAACUUGGAACUAGCAGUGGCUUUUCUUACUGCAAAGAAUGCUAAGACCCCUCAGCAGGAGGAGACAAUUUACUAUCAAACAGCUCUUCCUGGAAAUGAUCGAUACAUCAGUGUGGGAAGCCAAGCAGAUGCAAGUAAGUUUUCUUCUUUUUCUCAAUAUUUUCCUAAAGCAUAAUGAAAAUAUUUCCUUAGGAAUGUGUUAAUUUUGCAUAAUAAGCACAGGUGGAGGACAAAAUCUUGGUUGAUCUUGGUGUUUUUUUUAGUGUAGUUGAAAGGAGCAUAUAUUUUAUCAGCUACAUUGUAUUUUUUCCCAGAUUAGAAGUAAAAGAUUGUAUUUAAGCGAUAGAUCCUUUCAUAGAGUAUGUCACGUAGUAUUCAUUGAUUUGAAAUAUGGAAUAGUUAAAGGUCUCAUUUAUAAAAAUGAAACAAAUUCCUAGAAUUUCAGUGGGCACAGUCAUUUGUUUUGCAGGUUUUAUGUAAAAGUGGAGGACUUAAUAUUAUUUUUGAAGGGAAAGUAUUGUUUCUCAUUACUGAUAGGUUUACCGUUUAAGAUUUUCCCUCCUUCUCCCCACUCCCCACAAAUAAAUAAAUAAAUAAAGACUUUGGGAAAAGGUUUACCAUGUAACAAGUUCCCCUUGUCCUCAAUAAAAUAAAUUUGGAAAAGGUAUUUUGGGAAAGGUAUAUGAAAAGUUUUACAUUGGACUCUUAAUUUUUCUCCAUAAAUAUCUUGCGCUUAUAUAGCACUCAGAGUUUUUCAAAAUAUGUUGUUACCUCCAUAUCUCAUUAUGGUUUAAUAACUGUACUAUGUAAAAAUGUGCUAUUACUACCAAUAUCAAUUGCCAUUGAGUCAGUUCUGACUCAUGGUGACCCUGUGUGUGUCAGAGUAGAACUGUGCUCCCUAUAAAAAUGCAGUAUUUAUUUUUAUACAUUAUGGAUUUGGGAAGUUUGAUAACAAAAGGAUAUUUGAAGAAAAUUUCAGAUUUUUUUUUGUAGACCAUCUCAAAUUAGGCAACCAGGAAGAAAGAGUCCGUUCUCAUAGAUAUUUGCAGCUAUUGAUUGGUGUUAAAUACCGCUUAAUGUUUGUCUGUUGAUACAUGAUUUUAAUUUCCAGUUUUUAGGAUGAUCAUGAUAAUUUUGAUUCACAAAUGGCCUUGUAUCAUCUAAAGCUGGAAUACACCUUCCUCACAUACGUAAUAGGUGAUGGGAGACAUUUUAUAUAUUUAAGGCAGACCCAGUUGAUUAUAUCCAAGUUCAAGGCAGACUGACUUGACACCUCUAUCUGUGUCUCUAGCUUCAUUUCCCACUGGUUUUCUCCUCCCAGUUUAUACUGUGUUAAAGCAAAAUGGCUUAAUGUUCUUAUACACCCAGUGCUGUUUUAUUUCUCUUUGUCUUUACAAUUGCUGUUCCUACUGUCUGGAAUUCCCUUCUAGAUUUUUUCCCCCAGCCUAAUUUCUUCUGGUGUUAUAAAGUUCAGGUCAGGAGUUGCUUGCUCUAGAAUAUUUUCCCUGAGUGUGUAGGUUGAACCAAGUGCUUGUACAGCACCCCAAACAGACUAUCUUAAUGUAUCAUGCUUUAUAAUUAUUUACUUGUGCCUGUCUUCCUUAACAAACUGGAAGCUUAACAGGGUAAGGGACCAUCAACAUUCCUACAACUAAAUGUAAACAGUGCUUGGCACAUCGUAGGUGCUCGAAAGUAUUUGUUGAAUUUUUUUUUGAUAAUAUGUGUAGAAAAGCUGCUUCAAAACCAGUGGAAGGGAAAGAGAUUAAGAAGCUUGUUGCAAAAAGUUGGAAAAAAAGAGAAAUCAUAUAAAGAGAAAUAAAUUAGUAUUGAUGAUAACAUUUUUCACAGUUCUGAGAUGGGGGGAAGAGAAACUAGGUAGAAAAAGGAAAAAAUGAUUAAACGGAAUGCUGCUUGUUACAGUGAAGGAAACAGGAAAUUGACUAAACUUGUUUAGUGUUCUAGUUUAAAGAAUAAAAGAUUUUAGAAAGAUAGUUGUGAAUUCUUAAUAUAGAUGGUUCACUUUGUGAUAUGAGAUAAUGUGUGUGUGUGUGUUUGUAUGGGAGAAUGAGGGUUUUAAGACUUAUAAAGAAAAGAAGAUAUCUUAUCUGCUGUGCGAAAGUGAAUAAAUAUUGCUAAGCCAAAUAAAUGAUAACACCUGUUCAUGACUUUUGAUAAAGGAAUAAUGACAGUGUUAUAGGGGACAAGAAGAGAAAUUUGAAUAGGUGCCCUUAGGGAGAAGGCAACCUGGUUUCAGAAGGCUUGUGUUUGCUGAUAAUUAAGGAAAAAAAAAAAGUUGUGUAUGUGUGUUUAUAUGUAUGUAGCUCUUGAAAAAUAUCCACUUAGUACUUUUAUUUUCCACUUAAAAGAAAAAUAGGGAAAUGGAGUUCUGAUUUAAUCUCAACUGAUUGAGUGUCGUAUUGAGCAAAUUCCUUGGUGUUGUGGUUUCUUUAUGAAAUGUGCUAUCCUUCUAACCAGGAUGCACUAUGUUAUCUAAUUGGGAAAGUGUGUCCCUAAAGUUGAUUUGAGAUUAUUGAGAAACAAACUAGAAGUUUAAUGUGGUGAUUGUGUUAAUAAGAUUAUUAGUAUCAAAUUGGAAAAAAAUAGCUGAUGAGGUAAUAAUCAUACUUUUUCCGUUUAACAUAUUUGUACCAUGUUUUAUAAAGUUCUAGGAAAUAGAGUUGUCUUUGGGAAAUAGUCUUUAUUCAGGAUUUACCUUUAAUAGUGUUGUAUCAUAAUAUAGUGUUAUGUAUUUUAAAACUGAAAAAAUAAGAAAUCAUGUAUUCAGCAAGUAUUUUGAAAAUACACUGUCUUUAAAUUACUAUUAAAUUAUUGUUGGGAAGAAAUGAAGUCUUUUGUGUAUUUUUAAUUGUUGAUAGUAGUGACAAAAUUUACCUUUGGGGGAAAAAGAGAAUAACUGCCAAUGAAUAUGUAUUACAAUGCAGGUUUCUUGAAAAACUGUAAUUUCUGAAGGAAUGUAGAGUAAGAGAAUGAUCAGAGUGUGAAAAAGUUCUCAAGGAAUUGUACAUACACAAACCCCCCUUCUUGACCGUUUUCUCAAUUUUAUGUGAAAUGCAUUGUUACUUGAAAGUUGAUCAUAUGUACCUUAAUUCUUUUAAAUAUGGCAGGGAUUUUUAUUUUUGGCCAAAAAAAAUUUUUUUCUUCUUUUUUUGAGUAUAAAAUUUCUUACAGUCAGGGCUAAAGCUUAAACAAAAACUUUUAAGUAUGUCACCAGUUGGUUGUAGUGCUGAUGGAAAAUCUAUAUUUUGAAAUAAAAGUGUUCAUUAAAUGCUAACUACAUACGCUUUUUUGUUGAAAUCUUAUGGUACGUAACUGUUAACUGUUUAUAACUGAGAGUUUCUAUUAGAAUGAAUAAAAUACAUGUUUUUUUGGUGACUAGAAAAAUUUAGUUUUUAAACCAAUAUCCCCUAGAAGUCAUAUUUGAGGCUUGUGGAGAAAUUUCCAUUUAUGCCUACCCUGACAUAUCACAGAAUAAAGCAAAUUAUGUAAUUUGAUUUAAGAAUACUUAUAUUUGUGAGAGUUCAUAUAAUAUUUAAGAAGUAAAUAUAUUUGUUAUAGUAGAACAAGGAUAUGCUUUAGUGCAUUUUACAUUUCACUUUUGAAGGAAAAAAAAUGUUUCAAGGAAAGCUUAUAGUUUGCAGAGUAGGGAAUUCAAAAGUAGCGAACCUGAUUUCCUGUUUUACUUUGGAAAUAUUCCAUACUGUAAUUUAAUAAUCUGUAGUAUUCUGGGAAAAGCUCAAGUCAUUUGUAAUAUAAAUAUAAAUAUAAAAAUUCCAGGUACCUUUUUUCGUUUCUUGGCUCUCUUGUCCAGAUGGGAUAUCAUUAAUUGUCAAAUGAUUGCCUCCCAAUCCCAGUUUAAAUUGGGUAUAAAGUUGUUUUGGGGAUUUGCAGUCAAAAUACUAAUGGUAAUGGGACUAGGGCACAAUGCAAGGUGUUGACGUAUCAUAGGUAUACUUAAUCAUCAGAGUAGAGAGUCUGUAAAGUUUUUGUGUCAUGACAAACUCUGUCAUAGACAUGACUGUACAAGGCUUUGCCCAAUUUGAAUUCUAAUAGUAAUAUUCUUUCUCUCAUGACCAUUAAAUUCUUUUGAACUUUCUUAAAACAGGAAAAAAACAGUAUAUGCCUACCAGAACAAGAUGUGCUACAGUUGAGCAAUCAAAGUGUGGAUCAAAAGAUAAGAGGGAUUUGGAUGUGAUUGAUCUCACUGGAGAUGAUAAAGAUGAUCUUCAGAGGGCAAUUGCCUUGAGUUUGGCGGAAUCAAACAGGGCAUUCAGGGAGACUGGAAUAACUGAUGAGGAGCAAGCCAUUAGCAGAGUUCUUGAAGCCAGCAUAGCAGAAAAUAAAGCAUGUUUGAAGAGGACUCCUACAGAAGUUUGGAGGGAUUCUCGAAACCCUUAUGAUAGAAAAAGGCAGGACAAAGCUCCUGUCGGGCUAAAGAAUGUUGGCAAUACUUGCUGGUUUAGUGCUGUCAUUCAGUCAUUAUUCAAUCUUUUGGAAUUCAGAAGAUUAGUCCUCAAUUAUAAGCCUCCAUCAAAUGUUCAAGAUUUACCCCGAAACCAAAAGGAGCAUCGGAAUUUGCCUUUUAUGCGUGAGCUUCGGUAUCUGUUUGCACUUCUUGUCGGUACAAAAAGGAAAUAUGUUGAUCCAUCAAGGGCAGUUGAAAUUCUUAAGGAUGCUUUCAAAUCAAAUGACUCUCAGCAGCAAGACGUGAGUGAGUUUACACACAAAUUAUUAGAUUGGUUAGAAGAUGCCUUUCAAAUGAAAGCUGAAGAGGAAACGGAUGAAGAGAAGCCAAAGAACCCGAUGGUAGAGUUGUUCUAUGGACGAUUCCUAGCCGUGGGAGUGCUUGAAGGUAAAAAAUUUGAAAAUACUGAAAUGUUUGGCCAGUACCCACUUCAGGUCAAUGGGUUCAAAGACCUACAUGAGUGCCUAGAAGCUGCUAUGAUUGAAGGAGAAAUUGAGUCUUUACAUUCAGAGAAUUCAGGAAAAUCAGGGCAAGAGCAUUGGUUUACCGAACUGCCACCUGUGUUAACAUUUGAAUUGUCAAGAUUUGAAUUUAAUCAGGCACUGGGAAGACCAGAGAAAAUUCACAACAAAUUAGAAUUUCCCCAAGUUUUAUAUCUGGACAGAUACAUGCACAGAAACAGAGAAAUAACAAGAAUUAAGAGAGAAGAGAUCAAGAGACUUAAAGAUUACCUCACAGUAUUACAACAAAGACUAGAAAGAUACUUAAGCUAUGGUUCGGGUCCUAAACGAUUCCCCUUGGUAGAUGUUCUACAGUAUGCAUUGGAAUUUGCCUCCAGUAAACCUGUUUGCACUUCUCCUGUUGAUGAUAUUGACGCUAGUUCCCCACCUAGUGGUUCCAUACCAUCACAGACAUUACCAAGCACAGCAGAACCACAGGGAGCUCCUUCUUCAGAACUGCCAGGCACAUCACCUGCAAUUACUGCCAUUUCAUCAAGAUCAAUAAUACACAAACCAUUCACGCAGUCUCGGAUACCUCCAGAUCUGCCCAUGCAUCCAGCACCAAGGCACAUAACAGAAGAGGAACUUUCUGUGCUAGAAGGCUGUCUACAUCGCUGGAGGACAGAAAUAGAAAAUGACACCAGAGAUUUGCAGGAAAGCAUAGCCAGAAUCCACCGAACAGUUGACCUAAUGUACUCUGACAAGUCUAUGAUCCAAGUCCCUUAUCGCUUACAUGCGGUUUUAGUUCAUGAAGGCCAAGCGAAUGCAGGGCAUUACUGGGCAUACAUUUUUGAUCAUCGUGAAAACAGGUGGAUGAAGUACAAUGACAUUGCAGUGACAAAAUCAUCGUGGGAAGAGCUAGUGAGGGACUCAUUUGGUGGUUAUAGAAAUGCCAGUGCAUACUGUUUAAUGUACAUAAAUGAUAAGGCACAAUUCUUAAUACAAGAGGAAUGUAACAAAGAAACUGGGCAAGCCCUUGUUGGAAUAGAAACAUUACCACCGGAUUUAAGGGAUUUUGUUGAGGAAGACAACCAAAGAUUUGAAAAAGAAUUAGAAGAAUGGGAUGCACAACUUGCCCAGAAAGCUUUGCAGGAAAAGCUUUUAGCAUCUCAGAAACUGAGGGAGUCAGAGUCUUCUGUAACAACAGCACAAGCGGGAGAACCAGAAUAUCUAGAGCAGCCAUCAAGAAGUGAUUUCUCAAAGCACUUGAAAGAAGAAACUAUUCGAAUAAUUACCAAGGCAUCACAUGAGCAUGAAGAUAAAAGUCCUGAAACAGUUUUGCAGUCGGCAAUAAAGUUGGAGUAUUCAAGGUUGGUUAAGUUGGCCCAAGAAGAUACCCCACCAGAAACAGAUUAUCGUUUACACCAUGUAGUGAUCUACUUUAUCCAGAACCGGGCACCAAAGAAAAUCAUUGAGAAAACAUUGCUAGAACAAUUUGGAGAUAGAAAUUUGAGUUUUGAUGAAAGGUGUCACAAUAUAAUGAAAGUUGCUCAAGCCAAACUUGAAAUGAUAAAACCUGAAGAAGUAAAUUUGGAGGAAUAUGAGGAGUGGCAUCAGGAUUAUAGGAAAUUCAGGGAAACAACCAUGUAUCUCAUAAUUGGGCUAGAACAUUUUCAAAGAGAAAGUUACAUAGAUUCCUUGCUGUUCCUUAUCUGUGCUUAUCAGAAUAAUAAAGAACUCUUGUCCAAAGGCCUGUACAGAGGACAUGAUGAAGAGUUGAUAUCACAUUAUAGAAGAGAGUGCUUACUAAAAUUAAAUGAGCAAGCUGCAGAACUGUUUGAAUCUGGAGAGGAUCGAGAAGUCAACAAUGGUCUGAUUAUCAUGAAUGAGUUUAUUGUCCCAUUUUUGCCCUUGUUACUGGUGGAUGAGAUGGAGGAGAAAGAUAUACUUGCUGUGGAAGAUAUGAGAAAUCGAUGGUGUUCCUACCUUGGACAAGAAAUGGAAUCAAACCUUCAAGAAAAGCUUACAGAUUUUCUGCCUAAACUGCUCGAUUGCUGUACGGAGAUUAAGGGUUUCCAUGAGCCACCGAAGUUACCUGCAUAUUCCACGCAUGAACUCUGUGAGCGAUUUGCCCGAAUCAUGUUGUCCCUCAGUCGAACUCCUGCUGAUGGAAGAUAAACUGUGCACACGUUCCCUAAACACACUGUAUAAACAUUUUUUAGUUCUUAACCCUUGCCUUCCUGUCACACAGGGUAUGCUUGUUGCUGCUAUAGUUUUUAACUUUUUUUUUAUUUUAAUGACUGCAAAAGACAAAAUGACUGUAAGACUUUAACCAGACUGCAAACAAUAAACUGAGAAUCGCAUGGCACUCAGACUUUGUUUUAACCAGAACUGAUGUAUAAUUACAAAUCUGAUAGAUUUUAUUAUGGCAAACCAUGCUUUUGCCACCCCUCUGUUACAGUAUUACUUUGCUCUUACCUUUUCUUUAUCAACAGCUUUCCAUUCAGUCUGGAUCCUUCCAUGACUGCAGCCAUUUAAGUGUUCAGCAUUAUGUAUAAUACAUAAUAUUUGGUAGCUUGUAAAUGAAAUUAAAGAAUAAAGUUUUAUUAAUGGCUACCUAUGUGUUUGUAAGCAGGUAUAUUGUAUAUUAGUGCAUUAUUUUAGUUAUAAUAUAUAAAUGAAUUUUGUCUUGGGAUUGAUUAAGAUUGGGUGAUAAACAGAUUGAUAAAGUCCUUUAAUUUUGCUCUAAUGUUAGCAUGUUGGACAUUUACUAAAUAUUUGACAUUUAAAUAUAUUUUUUACUAAGUUGUUGAACUUAGUAUGGCACCUAAACCUAUUUUGAAUUCAAAUAAUGUUUUCACUGAAAUGAGCGGCUGAUUUUUAAGUCAAACCACACUGAAACUUUUAAUCGUUUCUUAGAUUAACCUUUUAUUUUUUUAUGUAUUUAUAACCAAUAUAGCAAGGUGAUUAUUUCAAGAGAAACCUGAAAAAAGUACUUGAAUAAGGGCUACUUAAUUGUGAAACUUAUAUAUGUAUAUAUACAUACACACACAUACACAUACACAUAUAUUCUUCAUAAUGGAGAACAAUGUUUUGCAUUAUAUAAUCAUUAUUUUUGUAAAUUGUAUACCACUUUAAUUGAAAAUGUUCUCUACUAAUCAAUGCUGUGAAAUGAAGUUAAUAUUGUUAAACUAGAAGUUGUAUCUUUCCUGCUUUUAUUUACCUCCUUUUCAAAAAGGAAAUAUCUGUAGAACAUUUUGUAGAUGGAACUGCUGUUUAAGUUUAAUGAAGUCAUAUUGUGAAUGCAAAUCAGUGCUUUAAAGGUAAUCAUGUUACCAGCAACCUAUUUUUGAAUUUAUAAAAAUUUCUUUAUAAACAAUAUUUUGUUAGCAUAGUAAAAUAUUCAUUAUACCAUGUGUUUGUUUGUUAUAGCGACGCCAAAACUAGUGCUCUUUGUAAGUGCCUCACGAAAUGGAGGAGGAGGAAGAAAAUAUUAAACUAUUAUAUUAUAUUCUUUAUAGAGGUAUCGAUGUAAAGAUAUUAAUGACAAGAAAUGGAUACUGUGUCUGUUAUAAAGGUUAGAUCUUGCAGGUUGCAACUAUCAAAAUGUGUUUUGGUUUAGGUUUUAAAUUCUCUACUGAGCAGAAUUAGUAUUCUGCAUUGAAUUUCAAGGCCUAUCAAAAAUUUAGACACUUCAUAUGUAUCAUCAAGACUUUUGUAAACUCUUAGUAUUUUAUGAUACUCAUCGGUUAAGUUGUUUGUGUUCAUGUGUAUAAUUGACCGCUGAGACACAAAAUGCUCAAACACAAAAUGGAAAUUACUUCUUGCAAGUGACACAUCCAGGGAAUCAUGUGGCUCUUGUGCUGAAGGUAAGUAAGAUUACUGUAUUUAUUUGUACUUAAAAACCAGAUUGUUCCUAAUAAUGAAUCUGAAAUACUUAUUUUAAAAAAGUGACUUUUUUCCAAGACCUGGGUAAACAACUUGUUCUUAUAUCAGCUGUUAAUCUGGUCUUAGGUCAGUGAAGUUCUCUUACAUUAUUUACUGGGUUAAAUAUAAUUUAUAGUUAGUAAUUUAAAAAUUGGAAUCCCAUAAUACUGUCUUCUACUGCAGGUUACGUUGUAAUUUAAAUGACUCUCAUUUUGAUUACUAUAGUAGUCCCUUACUACUCCCCAAAUUAGGUUUUGAAGUAAUUCAGAGUAGCAUUCACAGUGGAAGAACUUAAGACUUCAUAGGAACUUCUAGUAAGUAGAGGUUUUAGGAAGACUGUAGCCAUGAGUGAACUUAUGAGGCUCCUCUAGUACUUUUCACGUUCACUAAAACAGAACAGUGGUGACCAUGCACUAAAUCAGUAUUUCCUAAAGUGUGGUCCCCAGACCAGUUUCAGCUUCACCUGAAAUGCAGUUCCUGAGCCUCUCCCCAGAACUACUGAUUGGAAACUCUGGAGUUAUCUGUACUUCUCCAGGUAAUUUGGAUGUUUUGCUCAAGUUUGAGAACCAAUGCAUUAAGUAAGACUACUAGCAUUCUGUGCAACUUAAAUUGAUGCUGUAUAAUUUCAGUUGACUCAUGAUCCCUUAUUUGUUGGAAGCUGCUCUGUAUUUCUGUCACUUGAGUAAUUUCAAGGAAGUGGUUGAAAAUUCUUUUGCUUGAUUUUAGAUUUAAUUGAUAAUAAGGUGGAUGUUUUGUUACAGUGUUUUUAUUCUUAACCCUUUUAUACUUCCCUUUUUCCUUACUUCACCCCUAACCUGGAGAUAGCUAUUAACUGUUGCAGCCACACCUUAUUCCAUAUUCAGAGAAUGUUAUGAGGCACACAGAAGCAGUAGUGGGUUUUUUUGUUUUUUUUGGUUCGGGGUCAUUGUUUUUUACAGAAAUGAAAUAACCGUGUAUUUAACACAUUAUUUUUUUUUCUAGACCCAAUUCCUUCUUUUUCUAACAAUUGCAUAAUAAUAAUAAUUAGUCAUGAUUGAGGGAACUAUAUAAAAAAAUGAAUACACAUAAAUACACAUACGUACUAAAAUUUCAAAUAUCUUUAAUCAUUCCAUGUACAGUUCUUCUCAAUGGCUAUUUGAAACCUUCACUACUAUCCUCAACCUCUUACUCAAUGCCAACUUCAGUAACAGAUGACCUUUCCUUUCCUUUGUUGAGAAAAUUGGGCAUAUUGGGUAUGAUUGCCUUUUCAACUUUGUGCCUCCCUACCUAUGAAUUUAUAGCUAAUCAUUACUUAACCAGGGUAUAACGAGGAUGUUCAACAUUAGUAACCCAAAAUUAUGAAGAAAGUAUAAAUCAAGUCAAAAUUAGUAUGAAGUAGAAAUUUAGUUAAAAAGAAAAAAAAAACCCAUUGGUGUUGAGUCAGUUCUGACUCAUGUAUGUUACUUAUGUAUGUUACAGCCUAGAACUGCUCCAUAGCAUUUUUUCUCUAUAACCUUUACAGAGGCAGAUCACCAGGCCUAGUGGAGCCACUGUAUAGGUUUGAACUGCCAGCCUUUAGGUUAGCAGCCAAUCACAAACCGCUUCACAACCCAAGGGCCUUUUUUAGUUAAAAACACAUCCAUUAUAAACAUCUGUUAGUUAACUUCCAUUACUUAACAUCCAUCCAUUAACUUUUACAAAAGUUAUCUAUAGUCUGUCUUUUGUCCCUCUAAUACUAGGCCAAAGCGCCUGUACAUCAGUUUGUCUUUAGCAAAUGAUCCUUUCUUUUAUAUAUACAUAUAUGUAUAUACAGCCUAGGGCUAGAUCAGUAGUUCUCAACCCUGGUUGUGCAUCAAAACAUAUAAGAAUUGCCUCUGUGAACAACUGCCUCCUUUGCCAUGAGACCAGAAGAACUGGACGG